AUGGCUUCGAGGCCCACAGUCACUGUUUACGGCGCGGACGGCGCGGCCGGCAGCUCGAGCGUCGCGCUUCCCGGCGUCUUCCUCGCCCCCGUGCGGCCGGAUGUCGUCCACCAGGUGACGGUCGCCCUCUCCAAGAACAAGAGGCAGCCGUACUCCGUCAACAAGUACGCCGGCAAGUCGUGCGCGGCGUCCUCGUGGGGCACCGGGCGCGCCGUGUCGCGCAUCCCGCGCGUGCAGGGCGGCGGCACGCACCGCUCGGGCCAGGGCGCGUACGGCAACAUGUGCCGCGGCGGUCGCAUGUUCGCGCCCACCAAGACGUGGCGCAAGUGGCACGCGAAGAUCAACGUGACGCAGAAGCGGUACGCCGCGUGCUCUGCGAUCGCGGCGUCGGGCGUGACGCCGCUCGUGAUGGCGCGCGGCCACCGCGUCGAGGACACGCCCGAGUGCCCCCUUGUCGUCGACGCCUCUGUCGAGUCGACCGCCAAGACCCAGAAAGCGGUCGACUUGCUCCGCAAGAUUGGUGCGCACGCCGACGUCG